GAAGUUAAAUCCAGAUGAGAUGACAUUUGUUCUGGGUGGUGAGAUGGCCAUGUGGACUGAUGAUUACUGCUUUGUAGCUCAGUGUUUUCUGUACAAAUGAGGAAAACCUGACGCAUGGUGGAUGUUUGGACCCGAGAGCGAUUCACAGUUUACUGAGUCAGUGAGUGGAAUUUUAAGUAUCUCUAGUUGUAAAUACAGUAAACCUCCUCUUAUUAGUCCCCCCAACCCCCACUUAUAAGUGUCCCCAGUUACAGGCCCAUUUAACUGUAACCAAAACAAUACACCCCCCUCCCGGAUAUAAGCCUCCUCCCCCCCCCUCCCCCCCACUGACAAGUUCCCCAGUUACAGGCCCAUUUACUUGUAAACAACAAAAAAAUACACCCGGUUAUUAGGGACCAGUCAUAAUUUAAGUUGGAGGGAGCGGGGUGGGGGGUGGAGGAGAAAUUGAGGGGCCUUCAAUUUUUUUUGGAUAAAAUAUGGGGGCCUUAUAAUGCCAAAAGAUGACCUUGGGGGUUGUUCAAGUUUCUUUUAAGUAGCAUCCCUACUGAGCAGCAUGAUGCUUGAGUAUUAAAGGACCUGAUUGUGAUUCAGUUUUACACAAAGUCCUAUAUUGUGUAAUACUAAAACAAUUUAAUCAGCAUUUUGACAAAAAGAUUUAAUGCUCAAAUAGUAGGUGCGUCAACACAACAUCCAUUAUUGUGUAACACUGAAACAAUUUCAUCGGCAUUUUAACAAAUGAUUACAUGCAUAAAGUCAUGUUAUGCAAUCUCGCUCUCCGAAUCAUUAUUUGUAGAUGAGGUUGAUGUGGACUCACUGUCUGUGUCACUGACAAGUUUUUUGCUAUUAGAGCAUGUACUGCUCAUAUAAAAAGCAGUAUGCUUUGGCUGAUUAUCUUCUUUCUUCCUUGAAGCGGUCCUGUUGGCCUCUAACCUUUCGAUGGCUUGUCUUAUCUCAAUUAUAACACAGUCACUGAUAUAUCCUUGCUCUAUAAGCUGUUUGAGAGGCUCUAGGUGAAAUCUCUUUCUCAGUUUAGUGUGAAGUGCUUCCCUGUUGAGGUUAUUACUGUCAAUCACAGGAAUACUGGCUUUUUGAGUGAUAUCUAUUUCUCCAUUCCCAGUCAAAAGUUUACACACCUCUUUAGCCUGCCUUGACAAUACUUUCCGCUUCCUGGUCUUGUUCUUUCUUUUUUGUUCUUUCAUUCUUCUCUUCCUUCUCAGUUCUUCAGCCUUAGUGUAAGCAGUUUGGUUAUAUCUUCUACGUAAGGCAAGAAAUACAGUAUUGACAUUGUCCAGCAUGUGAAAAAAGUGUUCCCUUUAUUUCUUCUAAGGCUUGAAGCUUUACUUCAACAUACCUUACAACUGUGCUCUUUCCCCCUGGAACUAAAUCAAGGGAGGAAAGAUAAAAAUUUGUCCUUUUCUCUGAUACCCAUUUGGGUAUUAUGUAAGAAAGGAGGGCCCUUAAAUCUUUAACAUGAUUGAAGGGGGGAGUUCCUAAAAAACAUGGGUGCUAUUGAGUAGGGGUCUGGAAAUAACUUGAGAUAAAAAAACAAUUUCUCCUCCCCCCCCUCCAACUUAAAUUAUGACUGGUCCCUUAGCCCCCGCAAAUACAAGACCCCCCACUUAUAAGUUCCAGGCAGUAAAACGCUAGAGAGGUCCUUUGGAACAAACUAUCUCCACUACUUUAGUCAGCCAAUUGUCGAUAAAAUCAACAGAAAACGGUGCCUUGCAAACAGCAAUGUGCACAGAAUGACGUGUCCACCAGAUUUCUAGAUUUAACCAUCUAAAGAAAACUAAAACAAGAGAUUUGAAGAGUUAAUUCAAUAUAAUAUUAUUAUUAUUCCGGAAUACAGUUAAUCGAACUUGCUAAAGAGAGCCAGAGCGGCAAACCUGGCGAGCCCGUCCCUUGGAAUCAGGUCCUGAUACAAAUGGUCUUUACUAGGUUUUUCGGGAUGCGGAAGUUUUCUUAUUUGAAGGCUGGGACUCGGGAUUUUAAAACUAAAAGGGGGCGGGGUUCGGGAUUGAAAAAUAGCUUGGUAUAGGGGUAACCAUCGGCAUUACGGAAAUGCAGGAAAAUUUAGGUCGGGAUGACCUGAUUGAAGAAUUAUACUGGGACACUUCGAUAUAUGCUAAUGAAACAAUAAACUUUCAGAUUUGGCCCAGUGCCAUUGUUGGAGCUGGUUCAUUUUGUAAUUAUCAGUCAAAACUAACUCCUGAUAGCAAAGAGUUCGCGAUGAUGAUAGAUACUCAACACAAGGUGAGUGGUUAUGUUAGAUUUAUCGAGCAACUUGUAAUUGUCCUGACCUGAUUGGUCAAAUGUAUUGUCUACUACUGGUAAGGUCACAAAGCCAAGUAAAAAGAAAUUGAGCGAACUUUCCGCACACCCUUCAGCCGCCAGAGGGCGCCCGCGUGUAACUACGUCCCUUUUACCACUCGUGACGUCAUCAGUUUGACGGUCAUUGUCCAACCUCGUUUCCAGUGUUCGCUCUCUUGCUCCGAGAGAGAAUCUUUCUUUCUUGAAGCAAGAGAGAGAACUCUGGGAACGAGGUUGGUCAUUGUCAACUUUGACACUUAACUUGUGCAGGGGAACAAGAUCUUUGAAACCAUACCCAAAUAAGCGCCGUUCAGUGAAACAUAAACGAGAAAAUGGGCAACAAAUAAUGUAGCUUUAACUAGAAAAUAUUGCAAUGAAACUCUUGUUUCACAAGCCCCCUGAAAUGCCUUGAAAUACACUUCUUGAACUUCGGGGAUUUUGCGAAAACCUCUUUCUGCUAAAAAAAAAAAGCACUGUAAAUGCCCAGGGACAGAAAAAAGGACUUGGGAAAAGCGAAUAAAUCAAGGAGGAAAAAAUUGACUGCGCAUGCGCUAACUCCGAAAGUGUAAUUUGGGUUUUGGCAUCAGGAUCGAGUAAAUUACAAAGCAAACAAAUUAAGCGUACCGAUUGAAUGAUAAAACAAUUAGUGAGCUCGGUUUGAAAAAAAUAAAAUAGUGGUUUCUUAUUGUAUCACAGAUCAAUUAUUUGCUACCGCCCUCGGCAUAGACCGACGAAACACAUAACUUUUCUCUCCCUCCUCCAAUAAUUGUUAAUUAUCUGUUCUUGUAGAGAAUGGUGCAGCGUGGCAUCCUUACUUGUCCUUCCGGGUGUAAAUGUGAC